UUCAGAGCCUGAAGAGAUCGGGAGGCCUGAGCCUGAGGUCAAGCCAGGAGCCUGCCAGCCCGCCCCACUCCUGGCGCUCUUCUGCCGCGAGGAUGUCAAAAUACCAUGACAACCUAAACAAAAAGGUAGCCUCAACCCAAACCAAAGAAGGUCUGAAACUCGUGUUGAUAAGUGGAGAUGUUUCAUGUUUUCAGGCCGAUGUCAUUGUCAACACUGUACCCGCGGAUCUUCAGCUUGGAAGAGGAUCGCUCUCUCAGUCUCUUCUGUGUACAGCUGGUCCCAUGCUCCAGAAAGAGUUAAAUGCCACCAGACAAGAAACAGAGGAGGAAGUGGGUAGCAUAUUCAUGACAAGUGGCUGCAAUCUGAACUGCAAAGCUGUGCUCCAUGUUGUGGCUCCAGACUGGGAUAAUGGAGCAGGGUCUUCUUGGCAGAUAAUGGCAAAUAUAAUCAAGAAAUGUUUGAUGACUGUAGAACAGCUAUCUUUCUCAUCAAUCACAUUUCCCAUGAUUGCAACAGGAAAUCUGGGGUUUCCCAAAGCUGUAUUUGCUGAACUAAUCCUGUCAGAGGUGUCCAAAUUUAGUAGCAGUGCGUGGCUGAAAACCUUACAAAAAGUUCACUUUCUGGUACAUCUUGAUGAUGAUGAAAGCCAUAAGGCAUUUUUAGAUAAAUUCAGUAGAUGGUCGAGUGGAAAUCCCAACAAGGAGAAGAUUCUCACGGUUGGAAAUACCCAAGGUAUCUUUGGGACUGUCACUUGCUCUUGGCCCACAGUGUGUGAAAUGAAAAUUGGUGCGGUUACUUUCCAGGUUGCUAUUGGAGAUAUCGCAAAAGAAAGUGCAGAUGUUAUUGUAAACUCAACAACAAGGAUGUUUAACCUGAAAUCAGAUAAUAUUCCUGAAUACCGGUCUGACAUGAAUCAGCAGCUGUUUUGUAUGACCCAGCUACAACCUGGACAGUCAGAAUAUGACACUGUGAAGAACAAAUUCUCUCAGACUUGUCUUUCCUACAGAAUAGAGAAGAUUGAGAAGAUACAGAAUGAAUUUCUCUGGCAGAGCUACCAGAUAAAGAAAAAGCACAUGGACAUCAAGAAUGGCCAUAUAGAUAAUGAGAAAAUCCUCUUCCAUGGGACAGAUGCACACUCUGUGCCACACGUCAAUCAGCAUGGCUUUAAUCGCAGUUAUGCUGGGAAGAAUGCUGUAGCCUAUGGAAAAGGAACUUAUUUUGCUGUUGAUGCCAGUUAUUCUGCUGAUGAUAAAUACUCCAGACCAGACAGCAAUGGGAGGAAACAUAUUUAUGUUGUACGAGUACUUACCGGAGUCUACACACUUGGACGUGAAGGAAUAGUUACGCCUCCACCAAAGCACCCUUACAAUUCCAUAGAUCUGUUUGACUCUGUCACAGAUGAUAUACAACAUCCAAAGUUAUUUGUGGUAUUCUUUGAUAAUCAAGCUUACCCAGAAUAUCUUAUAACUUUCAGAUGUUAAAACAUGGGAUUAAAAAAAACUUUAGAGGUGAUUUAGUCAUCUAUUUAUGAGAACAAUUCAUAGAAUUUUUGUCUUUGCCUUUGGUUUGUUUAACAGAUAAAACAAAUCUCCAUGCUAGGUAUUAUAACGCUGAAAAAAAGCCUUUUAAAAUGCUUUCUUGCAAUUUCUAGCAAAUCUUUCUUCUGAGCAUAUUGAUGGGUGGAAGCUGAGAAAUAUAAAUGACACAAUUAUAGCUAUAACUACAGACACCAAAUCCAUAAGAAACAAAGAACACAUUUCUUUUUCUUCUAUUGGAAAAGAAAUAAGAUGAAUCAUUCUAAAGCCAAGUUGUCAUUGUUCUUAUUGGAAUGUGUUAAGAUCCCCACUGUGUUGAGCUAAACCAUACUAUCAAAUGAAUAGGCUGCUAUUGUGCAGCUUGGGAUUUUGCCUCCUUAAGAAACUCUUAUUAGCAAUAGAGUGACUGAAUCAAAGAGUAUUAUGUCAAAUUUGUUGUGAAACAAAUCAGGUAAAAAUGUGUUGUAUUGAUAUCUAAAGCUACACAACAAAUUACUGCCAAACUUAGUGUCCUUGUGGGUAAAGAAUUCAGGCAUGGCUUAACUGAGUUGUUCUGGCUUAGGUUUGUCGUGAAGUUGCAGUGAAGUUGAAGGCCGGGGAUGCAGUCAUCUGAAGGCUUUGCUGGGGCUGGACGAUCUGCUUCCAAGGGGAAUCACCAUAAUAGCUGGCAAGUUUUUGCUGGUUGUUGGCAAGGAGUCCUCAUUUCCUCUCCACAUAGGCCUCUCUGCAGGCUGCUUUAGUGUCCUCAUGACGUGGCAGCUGACUUAUUCCACAGAGAGCAACUCAGGAAAAAGAAGGCGGAAGCCACGAUAUCUUUCAUGGCCUAGCCUCUGAAGUCAUACUCCCUCCUUUCUACAAUAUCCUAUUGGUUCCUUGAAUCAGCUCCUUCAAUGUGGGAGGUAUUAAACAAGGCAUGGCCAUCAGUAGGUAAGGAUGAUUGGGGACCAUCUUGGAGGUCAUAUGAAUAAGUGAAUGAAUGACAAAUUGAUAAAAUGUUAGCAGUAAAAAGGGCACUAGAGAUCAUCUAGUCCAGUGAUGGCGAAACAUUUGAGCUCAGUGUGUCAGCAUUUUGAAAAACCUUAACUUAACUCUGGUGCCGUGUCACAUAUAGAAAUUUUUUUAUAUUUGUAACCAUAGUAAAACAAAGAUUUAUAUUUUUGAUAUUUAUUUUAUAUAUCUAAAUGUCAUUUAACAAAGAAAAAUUAACCAAAAAAAUGAGUUCAUGUGUCACCUCUGACACGCGUGUCAUAGGUUUGCCAUCACUGACACUGUCUCCUCAUCUUUCUCCCUUCACCAUCUCCUAAGGCAAAAAGCCCUCUGGCUCUUCUUGACCACUUCCAGUGAGCAGCAUCUUGAGAGAACCUAUUGUAUUCCAUUCCAGGACAGCUCUAAGUAUCAAAAAACUCUUGCUUAUACUGAGUUGAAAUCUAUUCUUCUGUGUCUAUUACCUGCUGAUCACUGUCCUGCCUACACUGACACAGAACAUAUCUCAUUUCUUUUAUAGAUGGUGUCCUUUCAGAUUCAUCCCUUAUAUUAGAAUGAGGUAAAUUCUUAAAAUAUUUAGCAGCAUACUUAUCUUGAAACAUUACUUUUCAAGAGUUGCAGACAUUUAAGAAGUAUUUAUGUUAUCAUAAAUAAAGCACAUGCACAUUUAAAGAGUACAGAAAUGCAUUUAAAAAAUCUUCACCAAACUCCAUCACCCAUAAUUCCAAUACUUCGAGGAAACCACUGCCAGUAUCUUACGUAUUCCUUUCUAGUUUCUUUAUCCACCUUCAAGAAAGUAAAAAUUGCACUUUAUUCAAUCAAAAUAACAUUUUAUUCAAUUACCAAUUAUACAAUAUUGUAUCUACAUUUUUCAUUUAGCAUUGCAAGUAUUUUUCUCAUGUUAUUAAUUUUUCUGCAAACAAUCUUAAUGAUUGAGUUCUGUACUAUAUGUAUCAUUUUCCCCUUAUGUGUCAUUAAAUAC